AUGGACAACCACAGCGGUCCAGGGUCCUCCUCCAAAGUGGCGGGGGAAGAUAGAGAACCUGUGGCAAAGAAACGGCGACUCUUAUGUGAGGAGUUUGCUUUGGUCGCAAGUUGCGAUGCGUCCAUCGCCCAGUGCUACCUGACAAAGAACAGCUGGGAGAUGGAAAGAGCAUUGAACUCCUACUUUGAGUCGCCGUUGGAUGAGAGCGCCUUGGAAAGCCGCCCUCAGACACUCAGUGAUCGCGAAAGCUGUGUCAUUGACUUAUCUGCUGAAGAAGCCACUGAUUCCAAUAGUUCUAAAAUUAACCAAUCUGAAAAUACUCAGCAAGAAGAUGGAAGUGUGUUCUCUUUCAUUACCUGGAAUAUUGAUGGAUUGGAUCUAAACAAUCUGCCAGAGAGGGCUCGAGGGGUGUGUUCCUAUUUAGCUUUGUAAAUCCCGUUACAUGUCUUACUAAUUGAGGAAUAUGUGAUAGACUAUAAAUACCCUAAGUGUAUUUUCUUUCCCAGCCUAAAUUUUUUUCCACAACCAUUUGAAGGUAAUGAAGAAGGAUAUUUCACAGCUAUCUUGUUAAAGAAAUCAAGAGUCAAGUUAAAAAGCAAAGAGAUUAUUCCAUUUCCAAGUACCAAAAUGAUGAGAAACCUUUUAUGUGUACAUGUGACGGUUUCGGGAAAUGAACUCUACCUUAUGACUUCGCAUUUGGAGAGUACCAGAGGCCAUGCUGAAGAACGAAUAAAUCAGUUAAAAGUGGUUCUAAAGGAAAUGCAAGAUGCUCCGGAGUCAGCUACAGUUAUAUUUGCAGGAGAUACAAAUUUAAGGGAUCAAGAAGUUACCAAAUGUGGCGGUUUACCCAACAACAUUUUGGAUGUCUGGGAGUUUUUGGGCAAACCUGAACAUUGUCGAUAUACAUGGGAUACACAAAUGAACUCUAAUCUGGGAAUACCUGCUACGUGUAAACUUCGUUUUGAUCGGAUAUUUUUCAGAGCAGCAGCAGAAGGAGGCCACUUUAUUCCCCGAAGUUUGGACCUACUUGGGCUUGAGAAACUGGACUGUGGCAGAUUUCCUAGUGAUCAUUGGGGUCUGCUGUGUAAUUUAGAUAUAAUAUUGUGA